AUGGAGGCCCAAGCUGGGCCAGGGCGUGAAGGUGACAGGCCCCUGGAGAAGCUCUGGAGCCAUCCUCGGCAGAGGAUGCUUGUCUACCAUGCCAAGGGCCUGGAUGCGGACACCUUCAAGAUAUGUAAAGAAUACCUCAGGCCAAGGAAGCACUUCCUGCAAAAGCUGUACCCGCCCAAGAACCUUCCACAGAAGAAGAGGCUGAAGCACAUGAAGCGGAGCCUCGUGGUCCUGGGGGACCGCAUCAACACAUUUCUGCAACUCUACUGCCGUGCCUGGGAAAUCAAGCACUGGAAGAAGAUGUUCUGGCGGUUCAUCUCCCUCUUCUCGGAACUAGGAGCCAAGCAGCUGCAUCAUCUCUACAAAUACAGCAAGAGCAACCAGGCAGCCAGGAUGCUGGUGGGCUUCCAGGUCCAGCCUGCACCGCUUGCGGUGCUGUGCCCGGAGGAGGGCUCGCCGGAGGGAGGGUGCCUCACGGACCCUGCAGGAGGACUGGGAGGGUCCUGCCCAAGGUCUCUGCCCAAGCUGUGCGACGCCUGGGGGCUGCACAGCAACCUCCGGGGCAUGCAGGAGAGGCUGUCCAAGAUGCAGGACUCGGGUUGGGAGGCCUCAGGGCCACGGGAGCCCGGCUGCCAGCUCUGGGUCCCGACAGGUUCUUUAAGGAAACUUGCACAAAAAUCAAAAUUCAAGAGGAUUAAGAAGUCCCAGGAAGCCCAGAGACCUGCCUACAGCAGCACCUGGCUGGGACAGAGACUGGCUUACCUGGAUGUCCUGAGCACUUGGGCGACCUGUCAGCCCCCAUGA